AAAUUUGUCGAAUGCGAUCUUAAAUUGGAUGGCAAAUGGUCUUCGCCAGGCGGUUGUUCGAAAAAGUUUACGUGCUAUAAUCUAGAUAUAUCAAUAACUUGGUACCCCAAAAAACUAAAUACACUCGUAUUUCACGGUGAGGAAAGCUCGGGUUUGGUUGACGCGCUAAUAAAUGUGUGUGCAGAGGCAAUCUCUGAAGACGACGGUUUAUCAAACAAUGUAUGUGUGUCGGCCAUACAUAGUUCGAUUGCAACUAUAAACCCAGCUGUUGAUGAACCUGAACAGAUGUCUAAUCACUGUAUUAAGGACUUUGAACUAACUGAUAAUCAUCAAAAGGUCAGUAUAGAACAUGAUUUCAAACCUGGCUGUCAGUGUAUAAUUUUAGCUGCUGAUUUGGAGGGAGUUAAGCUCGAUAUAGCAAUCAUGUCCAGGGACAUAGAAACUAAGUUUCUUGCAGCUUACAAUUCACGGGAUAGUGAUAGUGAAUAA